AACAGUAGUUUCCGUUUCCACACCUAAAAAUCAAAACAAAUUGCGACUUAAACCACAAACUAUUAUUUAAAGAUUUUUAGUCACAGUGCGUGGUGGUGAGUUUCAGUUUAUCCCCAGAAGAUCAAUAGAAUUUAUUACAACUUCAGUGUGCGCUCGACUAACCCAAACAAAUCCGCAAAAAUGGGAAAUUACUUCACUGUCAACAUGGAAGAGAAUUUUAAACGUAAUCAGGAUUUUAUCACCGAAAUGAACACCAUUAAAAUUGAGCGUCAAGUACAAAUCAGGAAACAAAUGCGGGACCGUUUGGUGGCCCUCGAAAUAGCAAAGGCUCGUGAACUUUUUUUCUGGUACGGCUCAUUCUAUUUGAUGAGCCUUGCGGGGGCGUUAGUCGGUUACAGGUAUUUUCCUUAUAAAGGAAAAUUUAUCACGUUGCUUCCGAUGGUACCCCUGACUUUUGUCGUGGCGUACCAAGCUGAUUUGGCUUAUGGCAAUAAAAUUCAUCGAAUCUUGGUUGAAGCUGAACAUAUCAUGCAGUUUGAGCAAGAACUCCUAGCCUUACCUUUGGGGAUCCCCACAGCGGCAUCAAUCGACUUGGGGAGGAUGAAAAGGGACGAAUCGAAGAAAUUACACCCUUUACUACCUCAAACAUAAUCACUGUUGUAACAUUUCUUGAAUUUGUCAGUGUACGUUGCCAGUUUUGGCCUUUAAACAAUUUCAACCUCUUGAAUUAGGUAAUUCAUUAACGACGCCAAUCUACUGUCAAUUUUCCUGUUGAAGAUUUAAAUAAAACAUCUUUAAAAAUAAUAAUUUGUUUAUUUUCGCCACAAACAUGGAAUGAAGUCAGUCUCUAACAUAUAGAGCAAUAAUUUUUAAGUA